ACCCUACCAACCAUGUUCCGGUACCAACCCCGGUUCUCCCUCCACCAAGAAGUGGCCCAGGCCCUCCUCACGACAUCACCACAUACUCUGGCCACACCUCUGUCUGUGGUGGGCGUGUUCGAGACAGGCGAGGAGACAGCCGAUGGCUUGGGCAUUGCCCAUCGUCACACUCAUGGAGCUUCUCCUCGUGGUGAUGAGCUCGAUCAUGGUGCUGCCACCCAAGAACGGCUUAUAGAGUCAACGUCAUCGUCACACGCUCCGCCAUCGCCGUCACCGAGCCACACGGCUGCGGCUUCCGUCUCGGGCGCCUCGGGUGCUUCGUCCGACUCGGCCUUUGUAUCGGCGGUCUCUGGUGGCGGCGGUGGCGGCGGCGGUGGUGGUGGAGAGGGGCAAGGAGGCGAUGGCGAUGGUCUUGGCGGCGGAGCUGGCCCUGCUGGGCGUGCAUCUCUCCCGCCGCUGCCGACCAUGUUUGUGGUCGGCCAGACCGGCGACGGCGUGCUCCUGGUGGCGACAGAUGGGAUGGACGCCCGAUUUGUGGCUGCUGUCUCGGAGCAAGGCCGGUGCUCGAUGGACGAGGCCGAGGCUGCGCGGCGAACGUUCAUCCACUCGUACGAGGUGGCGACCGGCAAGUGCGAGGUACUCUACACCCACAACGGACUGACGACGGUUGUGGGUGCGUCCAUCAACAACGAUCGGACGCUACUUGGAUUCUCGACCCUCACUCGCCGCGACACUGGCGUGGCGACGGUGGGCGAGAACGGGCUCGAGAGCAGCAUUACCGAGAACGAGUACGAGUCGUGGCUGGUCGAGAUCCACCCGCAGUCCAACUGCUACUCGCUCAACGUCAUCUCGCGCGAGUUUCAGCGCGUCCAGUUCUGCCCGGUCGACAAAGUCUCGUCACGUACGCGGACCUCAUUCUUUGUCUUUAUUCUCGACAACGUCUUUAUCCACCUCUACCAGAUUGCCAUGAAGAAGCGCGACCGCGCGCCGGGUUUCAAAAUCUUCGCCCAGCCCAUGCUCCAGACCCAGCUGUUCAAGCACUUUCUCUGGUAUCAAUGGGACGUGGAGUCGGGCCACCUUUACGUCAUUGUGACACGUCCCAAGGCACCGGACGCCGGUCACGUACUCCGCGGCUACGCGUUCAACGAGCGGCGGCCCGACUGCUUCGCCGAGUUUCCCCUCCCGCUCCUUGCCACCCGCGCGCUCGAUCCUCCAGCCGCACAUGCGUACCUCCCGCUCGCGCUUCUCCCGCACCUGCCCAUUGCCGAUCCGCUCAUCUCGCUCGUCACUCUCCCGUCCGGCGACAAGGUCCUCGUCCAGCAGCAGUAUGUCCGGAGAACGGUCUCCUCGCUCCCGCACAUCCAGGUAUCGGUGACGCUCCUCGCCUACGCCGAGCUGUACAACUUUACCAUUCCCAUGCACAACGUUGCCCAGCCGUCGCUCGGCGACUCGCUCGACGUCCGCGGUCUCACCACAAGCUCGGCUGUCAACUGGGCCUCGGUAGCGCCGGUCGCCGACGUCCUCGUCAUCUUCAUUCCCGACUACUACCUUCACAUCAUCGACUGCGGGACGGCGCAUGCCACCAUGCGCUCGCUUGUCCUCGCCGAUCCAAGCCUUGUGCCGGGCCUACCCGCCCGCGCCCUCUCCGCCGCCCACCCGGACCUCCUCGCUCUCAACUUUGCUAUGCUCGCCGCGCUCCCGGCCGACUCGCCGUCAACCUCGCUCGACCUGCUCUCGGGCCUCGCCUUUACCAUCCACAUCGACCCAGCCGGCCUUGCUGCUCUCUUUGCCCGCCCGGCUGUCGAGUCGCACGUCCACGCCCUCCACCUCAUCCUUGUCCACAUGGAGGACGCACGGCUGGCGGCAUCGCUCCUCUCUGCCAUGUGCGCGUCGUCGCCAGGCCUCGUCGCGCCGGCGCUCUUCAAAGAGUUUAUCAUCGGCUCGGCAUACGCCGCUCUCCGCGCCUGCGGCAUGUCGCCGCACCUGCUUGCCACCAUGCCGCUCUCGUGCACGCCGCUGCUGGCACACGACGAGCGUGACUUGUACGCCUCACGCAGCCUCUCGCGACCACUCACUAGCUACAACUAUGCGCGGCUUGCGGCCGGAACCGGCUCGUUUGCCCGCUCCGGCGCCCCGGUCGCCCCCAUCCCGCGCCGCUUUGCGCUCUCGGACGUUGUGCUGUACGACGACGACGGUGACGGCUCUGCCCGCGCCCGCGCAGGCUCGCCGGCCGGCUCACCGUCUGGCUCGCCAACCGCUCCGUCGCCAUCAGGCGUCAAGCGCCUCUUCCUCAAGCUGUUCAACAUGGAGGACAAGGCCGAGGCCAAGCGGGCCAAGCGGACGUCGUCAUUCCCGGCGCUCGCCAAAAAGGCCAUCCGGUCACGUCCGCACAACACAGCGCUUCCCGCAGGCCGGUUCCCGCUGGACUGGUCGUCGGGCCGGCACCUCGCCGUCCUCGUCGACCACUUGCAAGAGUCGGCGGCCAAAACGCUCCGGUCGUCGUGCGCUCGCUGGGCCGCCGAGUACCAGACCGCGCUGGUCACCGCGUGCGCAACCCUCUUUGCCGCUGUCAACGACGCCGUCGCGAGCGCCUCGCUGCCCAAAUCCGCCCACUUUGCGCUCCUCGAGACCCUCUACUGCGCCAUCGAAGAGCUUCAAGCACCGUUUCCGCUCGGCUUUCAUGCCAUCUUUGCCUUGCUUGGCUUUGACACGCUCACCCGCGCCGCCUUUCUCGCUUACCUCGACCGCGGCGUCUUUCGCGCUACGCCGUCGUUUGUUCUCGAGGCCGCCGCCCGGCUCUCGGACUCGCCGGCCGACACGGCGCUCAAGUACCGGCUCGCCACCGCGCUCGACAAUCCCACAUACAUUGACCAGGUCAUGGGUGCAGAUCCAGUGUUUCUUCUCGACCGCUACGCCUCGCUCUGCACGCUGCCGACCGUCAACGCCAACGCCACGUCGACGGUCUACACCGAGAUCUCGGCAGACGACUCUGAGUCGGCCGCCCCCUUUGUCCCGCUCGCCCUCUACCUACGCCAGCUCGCCGACCUCGCGGCGUCGUGCCCGGAGCUCGCGACCGAAGUCGAGUUUGUGACCGCGUACCUCGUUGCCGAGCAGCAUGCGCUCUUUCUUGUGUGAUACAUGCCGGCUGUCAAGGCGUAAACUGGAUGACCUGCA